AUGUUAAGUUCAGAAGAACAUCGUGAGGCAUGCCGUGUCUAUAUGCAAAAGUAUAGAAGCAAGCCAGAGAAUAGGGAAAAGAUAAGACAACAAAAUGCUGAAUAUAGAAAGAGAAAGAAGUUAGAGUCAAUCAGACAAGUCUCAGAGAUUGGCAACUUGGAGCAAAAUUUGGAUUCCUAUCAAUCGAGAAUUUCGAUGCUCGAGAAAGACUUGAAAGAAGCUCUAUUCAAAGUCGCCAUUCUAGAGCAAGACACUCGAAUUCCUCAGAGUUAUAUCCACCAGUUGACCUCGCUCAAAUCGCAACUCGACCACAAACAACACCAGAUCGAUGUCAUAAUCUCUGCCAGUGCCUCAUCGAUUCAAACCGCCCAAAACUCCAUAGCCACAGCCUACCAAGGUCUCAUUUCCACCAUUCACCAAGUAACCUCGCCAACCAACUCACCACCAGCAUCACCAGUAGCCAUGACUCCAUCCAACUCACCAGUAGUACAAUCCGUUAACAACAAUCAACAACAACCAACAAUUCCACCAUUAGAUUUUAAAUUAAAAAACAAAACCAUCGAUCUGUUCAGUAAUGAGCAACCAUAUUUUGGUUCAGGUCAACCAUCACCAUCAUCACCACCAUCAUCCCCAAGUUUACAUUUUCUCACCUCGCCAUCGUCUUCAUCCUCUAAUUUUGCUUCAAUCCCAGCCUUGGCAAACAGCACUGGAAGUUUUGGUUUAGUACCAGACACCAACACUGCCAGCUCCCCAACACCAUCUACAACUUUCAAAGCACAAAGUCCAGAGUCCAAAUCCGCAAGUUCAACACCACAAUUAUCUUCUGUUUCCGGUGCACCAGCAACCUCCCCCAAUCAUGUGGCCAAUCAUCCACUUUCACUGCUCUGUGAUGUCCUUCAAAAUGAAACCUACACCAAUCAACAACAACAACAACAACAAUCACAAAUUAUUCAAUCACGUCCAAUCCACAACAACUCAUCAUCCGAUUUCUCAAAAACCGCCAUCAAUUUCGUUUUAAAUAGUGGGGCAUCAUCGACCAAAUCAUUUUAA